UGUUUUCUCCUCCCCUCUCAGGACUCUGUGGUUCCCUCGAUGUUUGGUUUUUCACGCGCUGGAAAAUGGAGCUUUAUGAACAGAGCAAAGAGAAAUCCUGCUGUGAGUGACAGAUGAAGAGGCCCACGGACUGAGAAGAUGAAACCGCUGCUGUGGACUGUUGCUGUUUUUCUGCAGACUCUGACUGGGAGCUGUGGGAGCGGCGUGCAGUUCACCAAGCACCCAUCCAAUCAAACCGUUUCUCAGGGGAACGAAGUGAGGCUGGGUUGUGCGGUGGAGGGGGUGACGGAGCCGGACAUCGUGUGGAUGAAGGAUGGAGAAAAGCUGUACAGCACUGACCAAGUCUUCCUCAUCCUGGGAGAACAGCACUGGGAGACAUCCCAUAGUGUGAAGUCGGUCCAGCAGCAGGAUGCUGGUCAAUACUGGUGUGAGGUGGAAUUCCACGGCCUGACCUUCUCCUCUCAGCGAGCCUGGAUAACAGUAGAAGGCGUCCCUCACUUCACACAGGAGCCCCAGGAUGUGGCCACCUUUCCCAACGCUCCCUUUAACCUGUCCUGUGCUGCCGUUGGACCCCCUGAGCCAGUGGAGGUGCUUUGGUGGCUGGGAGGAGUCCAGGAGGGAGAACCACAACAAUCCCCCUCUAUCCUCCAUGUCCCAGGUGUGAACAGCAGCAUCAAGUUCUACUGUGAAGCUAAGAACACCAGAGGGAUCUCCGUGUCCCGGACGGGGACGGCCCACAUUAAAGUGCUGCCAGCAGCUCCGGGCGCUCUGCAGCUUCUCAGGACCACAGGCAACAACAUCACCUUGACUUGGAAACCAGGAUCCGAUGGUUAUUCAGAGAUCUCCCACUGUACGAUUCAGGUGGUGAGGAUCUCGGGCCGCAGGUGGGCCCUCCCCCCGCAGGAGGUCCCGGUUCCUCCUUACAAACACACGCUGACGGGCCUGAGGAGCUUCUCCAACUACAGCUGCAGGGUGUCCUGUUUGAACGAGGUGGGAGCCUCCCCGUUCUCCCCAUGGCUGCACUUCGUCACUCCGGAGUCAGUGCCCUCUGCGGCCCCAAGGAACCUGAGCUUCCAGCUGUCUGAGCAGCAGCUGUCUCUGCAGUGGGCCCGGCUGAAGGAGGAUGAGCUGCAGGGGAGGCUGCUGGCCUACAAGCUGCAGUGGACUCAUGGAGGGGAACCACAGGAGCCACUGCUGUUUAAGGACAACACUGCUCAGAUCUCAGGGGGAGGGCGUUUCUUCAACGCCUCCAUCCAGGUAGCGGCCUGCACCGCCGUCGGCUGUGGACCUUGGAGCCCCCCGGUUCUGGUGCUGCCUGCCCUAGCGCAGGUCCAGGUGCAGCGGAGCCACGUUUGGGUCGGCCUCCUGCUCGGCCUGCUCGUGGCCACCAUCGUCGGCCUCCUGCUCGCAGUCGCCGCCCAGCGCAGAGGGAAGGAGACAAAGUUUGGGUCGGCCUUUAAGGCUCCUGGUCCUGAGACGUCGGUGUUCUUCACGGCAGCUCGAUCCUUCAGCAGAAACGGGAAUGAUUUCCAUGAGUCCACCUUGGAGAGUCUCUGCAUCAGCAACGAGCUGAAGAACAAGCUGCAGGAUGUCCUGAUUCCAGAGAGACUUCUAACUCUGGGACACAUGCUGGGAAAAGGAGAGUUUGGCUCAGUGCGGGAAGCCAUUCUGAAGAGGGAGGACUCAUCUGUGGUGUCAAAGGUGGCCGUCAAAGUGCUGAAAUCUGACAUCACUUCUGCUGGUGACAUUGAGCAAUGUCUGAAGGAGGCAGCCCACAUGAAGGACUUUCACCAUCCUAACGUCAUCAAGCUCAUCGGGGUGAGUCUACACCAACGUCAUGGCCAGCGGCUCCCAAUCCCAAUGGUGGUCCUACCAUUUAUGAAGCAUGGGGAUCUGCACACCUUCCUGUUGCUCUCACGUUUGGGAGAGGAGCCAUUUGACCUUUCGCUUCAGACUCUGGUCCAGUUCAUGCUGGACAUUGCUCGGGGGAUGGAGUAUCUGAGCAGCAAGAGCAUCAUUCACAGAGACCUCGCUGCACGGAACUGCAUGCUGGAUGAAAGCAUGUCAGUGUGUGUGGCAGACUUUGGACUCUCUAAGAAGAUCUACAGUGGAGAUUAUUACCGUCAGGGUUCUGUUUCCAAACUGCCCGUCAAGUGGAUCGCCCUGGAGAGCUUGGCAGACAAUGUUUACACCACUCAGAGUGACGUGUGGGCAUUUGGUGUAACAAUGUGGGAGAUCAUGACCAGAGGUCAGACGCCGUAUCCUGGGGUGGAAAACUCAGAGAUCUACGAGUUCCUGAUCAAAGGAGAGCGCCUGAAGAAACCUGCAGACUGCAGAGAGGACAUCUACGAGAUCAUGCACAGAUGCUGGAGCCCGGUCCCUAAAUGCCGUCCCAGUUUCCAGCAGCUGGUGACUCAACUUGAGGCGCUGCACCUCACCCUGACCCCCACCACUCCUCUGAAGGAGCCUUUACUUUACGUCAACCUAGAAGAGGACAACAGGAAGAUGGACAGAGAAGGAGCUGUUGGGCCCCGGAUCCUGGGACCCGAGGCUACAGCAGAGGCCUCCAGCUGGGGCGUUCCCUGGCAGCGGGGGGCUGAGGAUGAGGAAGACUGGCUAAUGGUGGCCUCAGAGGCUGCAAUGGCCAUCGGAGGGGACUACAGGUACAUUGUUGGCCCCUGUGGGGCCUUCGCAGAAGAAGGGGAUGAGAUGAGAUCAACAGGAGGAAGAGGGGCCUUAGGAAACAGAGUACUGGGUGAACUGCGGGAUGAAGAGGAUGAUGCUGUAAUUAACGUCUGAUAGCAGCUCCUCUCAUCUGAUUGGCUGCUCGCUGUGACCCGAGUGGCAACAGACCAGCCUGGGGAUGAAGGGACUGGCUCCUCCUGCAAUCUGAGGUUCACACUGUUGAUGACGGUGGAGGAGAGGUUUUCUGUUCAGGAAUGAAACAUUUUAUGGUUUCAACAGGAAUGGGAAUCUAAAUAUCUUCCUGUUUAGCUUCUUAUUAAUUAGUCAGAUAUCAAAAUAGAGAAAAACUAUAGGAGAACAUUUCUGACUCUGGGAGCUGCUAUUCACCCUUUUCACGCCCUCACUGGGCGUCGGCCAGUUAAAGACCACACUAAACACUCUUUGGUGAUGCUUAGAAUAACUCUGCCACUUAGGGAUGGAGACUGGGAAGGAACUGUUUCAGCCUCUAACUGGGUGGAAGCUCAGAGCUGGACCAAGCUUUUUAAAGGAUGUCUGUCUGUCUCCAUCGGCUGCAGCAGAGCUAAGAAGCUCCAGUCUGUUGUGGAACAUGCUUGAAUUUACGGAGAGUUAGGGUAUAGAUCCUAAUGUUCUAGAACAUGUUGUUGAUGAUGAUACUAGCUGUGCUUAUCACUAAUAUUUUUUAGUUAAAGAUGGUUUAAAAUGUCCCAGGGCACCCUCUCUGAUGACUGCACUGAAACUGAAGCAGCGGCUGCAAACUGAACAGAAAAUCCAGAGAAGUGGUCUAUGAAGCUCCAACAUGUGAAACAGAAUAUUUAGUGUAAACCUUUAUUUAUUUUUUUACACUAAGCCUGGUUUGGCUCCUUGUUUUAUGAAUAUUUAACAUGAUUUCAAAUGGUGGAAUGCCUCUUUAUGAGACACGCUUUUAUUUUGAAAGGCAGUAAAGUUGAGAGCAUUCUGUUCAGGAAUGCUUUCCUGUUCUUAGAUAAGCGGCGAUACGGCAGGAUGUGAGCAGGAGGUCCGGCUCAGGGUCUGCCUUACCUCCCACUGCAGGGACUGACCACGAAGCAGCAGUGAUCCAGAUGAGGAUGAGGAGGGUUUUUCAUUAUGAACAGUUUUUUUUUAUGUGUUAUCUCUAAAUCUGUUGUUAUGGCAACACUAAACACCCUGGGUUAACAGGAAGUCUGACGGUGGCCGUAAACACUGGAAAAUAAAAACUGGUGCAAGGAUCACGGUGGAAAAAUCUG